ACCUUUCACACACAAACCAGGUCGUGGCUUCUCACUGGGCAACGACCAAGAGUAGUACCACCAAUUGGCGAGGAGACCCAUAUUCUUGUUAAAUCUCGAUCCAGCCUCAGCCUCAGCAGUCAAGGACUCGUAGACAACCCAUGAUGGUAGAUGCUUUCUUCUACGGAACGUUAUUGCACCCCAAGAUAUUGCAGCGGGUGAUCGGCAAUGAUGGUUCGCACCUCCAAAUUUGUCCUGCGGUGAUAAAGGACUUUACUCGGCAUCAGAUCACAGGCGCUGACUACCCUGCGAUCGUUCCUUAUUCGCUGAGCCGGUCUCUGUUCGAUCGUGACCUCGAAGCGGACGAAAGGAGCGUCAGGGGAUCAUUGGUUUCAGGUUUAACGAAUGAGGACGUCAGACUACUGGAUGACUUUGAAGGGGAUGAAUACACUCGGGAAGUGGUGGUUGGAUACCCACUCGGGCCACUCGUUAGUCUGCACGACGUGCCGCCCGUCGAUGCAAUGGAGUCACUCGUAAUGGCUGCUGCCGCAUCGCAAGCCUUGGAGCCGGGGAGAGGCGUGCAUACGUACGUUUGGUGCAAGUCGACAUCAGAACUUCGACCCGAUUUCUGGACUUUUGAAGAUUUUGUCAGGCAGAAUGCUUGGAAGUGGAUAGGCCCAGGGUCGGAAGGAAAUACGGAUUAUGCGGAGGUGGACAGGCGGCGAGCAAUGGAAGGAACCAUUGUACGGUCAUAAAGUCAACUCGCCAUACUACUAGACUAGCUGUUAGUUGUAUCCUGUACCCAAGCAAGUUCACUGCUAUCCCAACACGCCGACCCAACGCCGACGCCACUUCCACCG